AUGAGGAAAACGAUUAUUAUAGUUCUCUUUGCCCUCAUUGCUUCCGCAUGGGGGUAUUAUUAUAAUUAUGAUUCAAACUAUAAUUCCAAUGCAAAUAAAGUACUACUAUCUUCUGUUCAAACUCUUACAUUUUCGAAAUCAAAAUAUACUACAGGAAGGAGAUCUAGACCCAUUCCUCAAAUGACCUGCGAGAGAGGUUCUGCGAGCUGCUCAUUCGCUCCUUCGAGCAUGCAGUGCUACAACCGAGGAUUUGAUGGAAGGGAUGUCCAAUGGGAAUGCAAAGCUGAACUGGAUAAAGGCGUUUCUUUGGGAGAAACGGUAGUUUCGUGUGAAGGAUACGAUUAUCCAGAUGAUCCGUAUAUCCUUGUGGGUUCCUGUGGCGUGCGAUUUAAGCUUGAACGCAACGCGGACUAUGGUACGUAUCAUAAUCAUCAUCGCCGUGGAUACAACGGCUACAACGAUUACAAUGACUACAAUGACUACAAUGGUGGAGGUUUUUGGUCAUGGUUCGAUAACAUUGCUAAUUUCAUCUUCACUGUUUCUUCCAUGAAUUCAUUUUAUUAUAGAUCAUCUUUAUUUUGUUUAUUAUUUGGAUCAUCGGGUUCAACACUGUCCUCAAAGUCCUCUUCUUCCCAUUGA